CAGCAGCAGCAGCAGCAGCAGCAGCAGCAGCGCCGCGGCCGCAGCCUCGCGUGCGCGUGUCUCGCUGGCUGGUUGGCUCGCUCGCUCUUGGGCUUGGCUGCGGCGACGCACCGAAGAAGGAAAGAAGAAAGUUUUCUUCGGACUGGCUGGCACCGGGAAAGCUGAGGCCCUGGAGUGAGGCUCCUGCUCUCCCUCCCUCCCGCUCUCGCUCGCUGUCUCCAACCGGAGGGGAGGUGCUUCCACCGCAGCCCGGCGUGAUGGCUGCCGAGCUGAGCAUCGGCCCCGAGCUGCCCACCAGCCCCCUGGCCAUGGAGUACGUCAACGACUUCGACCUGAUGAAAUUUGAUGUGAAGAAGGAGCCGCUCGGGCGAGCCGAUCGCUCGGGCAGGCACUGCACGCGCCUCCAGCCUGCCGGCUCGGUGUCCUCCACCCCCAUCAGCACCCCUUGCAGCUCGGUGCCCUCCUCGCCCAGCUUCAGUCCCACCGAGCAGAAAACGCACCUGGAGGACCUCUACUGGAUGGCCAACAGCUACCAGCAGAUGAAUCCGGAGGCGCUCAACCUCACGCCGGAGGACGCCGUGGAAGCCCUGAUCGGGUCCCACCAAGUGCCCCAGCAGCUCCAGAGCUUCGAGAGCUUCCGGGCCGCCGCUGCCCACCACCACCACCACCCGCACCACCACCACCACCACCACCAGUACGGAGGGGUCCCCCACGAAGACCUGUCUGGCCCUGGGCACCCGCACCACCACCACCACCCGCACCAUCACCAGGCCUCUCCUACCCCCUCCACUGCUUCCAGUUCAUCCCAGCAGCUGCAGAACACGCACCCUCCUCACCCGUCCUCUGCCUCCUCCUCUGCCUCGUCUUCCAGCAGCGUGGAGGACCGGUUUUCCGACGACCAGCUGGUCUCCAUGUCGGUGCGGGAGCUCAACAGGCACCUGAGGGGCUUCACCAAGGAUGAAGUGAUCCGCCUCAAGCAGAAGAGGCGGACCUUGAAGAACCGAGGCUAUGCCCAGUCUUGCAGGUACAAGCGGGUCCAGCAGAAACAUCACCUGGAGAAUGAGAAGACCCAGCUGCUUCAGCAGGUAGAGCAGCUCAAGCAAGAAGUGACCCGGCUGGCCAGAGAAAGAGACGCCUACAAGCUCAAGUGCGAGAAACUGGCCAGCAAUGGUUUCCGAGAGGCUGGAUCCACCAGCGAUAACCCAUCUUCUCCCGAGUUCUUCAUAACUUUAUCCUGGACUUUGCAAAACAAAGGGACGGGCACCGGACAAGCCAUCUAGAAUACCCGCUUUGGAGUUCCUAAAAACGAAGGAAGAACACAUGCGAGGGGGGAAGUGCACCGAUAGCCUGGAAAAGGAGCGAGGACAAUAUAUGCAGGGCUCUCAUAGACUGCCUGCUUUGAGAAAAAGGGACAGGAUUCAGAUGGGACUUAACCAUGCAAGCGAGUAAAAUAGGAAAGGAAAUUAAAAAGAGAGAGACAGAAGCCUCCUCGGUUUUAUUGCCUGCUUGAUUAUAUAGAAAAAAAAUACGAAAAAUCUGCAUUAAAAAUAUUAAUCCUGCAUGCUGGACAUGUAUGGUAACUUCUAUUUUGUACCAUUUUCUUGUUUAAGAAUUUCGCAUGUCGUUGAUCAUCGACCAUACUUUUUUCUUUUUUUCUGUUGUUAUUGUUUGUUUCUUUGAAUAAGAAACUGUCACGAGUUCUAUAUAGAAAGCCCUCUUUUUACUUGCACAUGCAACUGCUUGUCCUAUCUCUCUAUUAGCUUUAUUUUUCUUUUUAAAUUCUGGACUCAAUCCACCAGACAUGUUUCCUGCGCAAGUUUCACAGAAAUCAAGGAGGUUACUGCGCAGGAGAACAGCUGGGGGUGGAUUGGGCCCUCUCUUAGCUUGUAAAUAUCAGCCACGCCACAUCAAUCUGCACAGGGCAAAAUGCAAGAACAUUUCAGCAGGCUGGUUUUCAGUGAUCAUUUGUCACAGAAAUAAUAACCUACAAAGAAAAAAAGAAAUUCUGGGCAUUUUGCAUUCAGAAAACAUCUUUGUAUAUUUGGUGCACUUUUAAAAGCUGUAGUUGUUGUUUUUUUUUUGUUAAUUUAGUUUUCAUUUUGGUUUUUGUUGGGGCAGAAAGAGACAUGCCUAGCCUCUUUUAAUUCCCCAAUCUUAAUUAAAUUACUUGGAGGUCAAGUCUGCUAAAAUUAGGGGAGCUAAUCUCCCAUGUUUAGAAAGACUCAGCUUCCUUUGAAUCCAGUUGGAUUUCACUUCCAAGUAAGUAUGUUUAAGAGUCACCUUUUGAUUUUUUUUUUAAACCAUUAACGUGGGAAGAAUAUAGUUUAAAGUGGCAGCAGUGCAUAAAUUCAGUGGUUCGGUCUUGCUACAGUCCAUCAUUGAGACCCAGCAUCUGUGUGAACCACCUGAUUUUGUUGCUCACUCAGAAAAAGAAAAAAGCUUAUGAUUUGCAAUUAUUUUUCCUCCUCCUCCAGAGCAACAAUUGGCCGUUUGGUUUCUUAACUAAAGAAACGCGAGUCAGUUUCACUGACUGCGUCCAGAGCAGCUCACGUGUUUGAGUUCUGAUUGGAGUUAAGUUUAUCUGUGUGUAAAAGGAUGAAUGAAUUCAGAAUGCAGAGGGGGGAAAAAACAGCUUUCCCCUUUUUAAAAAGGUGGUUGUUUUAGCUUUGUAGCUUCCAAGUUUAGCUUUUGCAAUGUUUAAUCUGCUUUUUCACGCAGCCAGUGAGAGUGUAACCAAAAUUUUUAGUAGUUUGGAAAUUUAUGGGUGUUUAUUAUAAUAAUUAUUAUUAUUUCUUGUGAUUUUUCCUUUUCCCCCCCUUCUUUUUCCUCCUGCAGGUCAGUAAAAGGAUUUUACAUUGCACUGACAAAAAUACCAAAAUGAAAACCUUUAUUUUUUAGUUUCCUUUUAGAAUUUGCUGGCACUGCUGGCCGGAUGCAUUUUAAGUUUGUAUUAGUUUAUAAAUUAACAGUAAUACCAAGAAUCGUGAAAAAUGAAAAGCAUGGUGCUUGCAGUUUUAAAUAUUGUGAAUAUUAAUAGUCAUGCAUCAGAAAAUACCCCUCUAAGCUUUUGGGUUUUUAUGGAUUCAACUGUGUUGAAAUCACAGCAUUGCAGCAGCAGAAAAUGUUUUUAUUUCAUGUAAACGUUCUGAAGGGAUCAAUUUCAAAUCCUGCUUAUGAUAUGAAAAAUAUUAAAAAUACACCUCUUGGUCUUAUUGUAGUUUUAUUCAGACUGGUUUCUGGUUUUUGUUUC